AUGCGCAUACACGUCAACCUACCGCAGCCGUGUUCGGCAGACAAUGCUUCGUCCUCGUCCUCGACCCUCCUGUCCCAAGCACCAGCGCCGCUGACCGCCCUCACCCCAUCCGGCGAGCUCAUCCUUAUCGAGCUUCAAGGCUCGCUCGAGAUCGAACACCAGCGACCUUCCGGCGGGCAGGUGCUGGGCACGCUAACAUUCGAUCCGUUGCGCCCCGACCGGCCGGUGCUGAUGGUCUCGCAUCACAGAUUGGAGGGUAAAUUUGUUUCGCUGGUUCGACCGCUGGCGGUGUUGGAGAAGAAGGUGCGCCCCGGCAAGAAGAUUACGGAAGGCGUGCUCGUGGAUGUGGUCAACAAGCGUGGGAGUGAAGAGGAGAGGGUGGGCACAGUCAAGAAAGCGAGAAGGGACGAGGAGGCUGAGCCUUUGACACCAAGGAAACCUACCCGCGACAGCCUAGAUUUCAGCUCCUCCCCACCCCAACCCACGCCCGUCAAAUCCAGACCGCUCGGAAAGCCAUCCGAGCUCGACACAGUAGACGAAAACGAAGAGGGAGAGCUCGAAGAAGCCCAAACGGCGAUCUACUACGACGUGGUCAACGUCAUCCGUCGCAAAAUUCUCUUCUCAAAACGACCCGAGCCCAUUGUCAAACUCAACACUUCACCUUCAAUCACACGCGCUCUCAGCACAUGA